AGUUCACCUAACUAACAUGGCCUUAAGAAAUGAUAGAUACUUGGUGUAAAUUGAAUAUAUUCUAUGCUUCGAAAAUAAUACUAGUACUCAAAGUAAUAGUAACACAGAAAAAAAAUAGUACACUUCAAAUACUCGACAAUCACUUUUCUUCAUGAAAGAUAUUUUCGUAGUCUAGUGCUUCUAUAUGCUUGCUAUAUCACUAUAUGCUUGUUUGUGGAUUGUGUUGUGCCAAGUGUAACUGAGUAAGUAUGAAGGUAAGUUAAUAUAACAAGGGUAACUUCUCAAGUUCUCUAUUUAACCCUCAUCUCCCAGAUCUCUUUUCAAGAAGACAACAAUGGAGUGCUCUCUCUCAUCCAUCCUCCUUCUCCUUGUACUCUGCUUCACUCAUCCCAUUCCUUCUCUAACCUUCGAGCCACUAAUCUCUUCUCUUGAUCUUCAUGAAGAAGAAAGCUGCCCUUACACUGUAAUUGUUACCACAAGCUGUUUCUCUCCUGAUUGGUCUAGAGAUCAGGUCACUAUCGCUUUGGGUGACGCCGACGAUAACCAGGUGGUCGCACCGAGACUAGACAAACCGCUAAGUGGAGGAGGUGGUUUUGAGAAAUGUUCAUCGGACACAUUCCAAGUCAAAGGUAAAUGUCUCAACACUAUCUGCUCCGUCUACAUCUACCGUUCCGGUACCGACGGCUGGAUCCCGGAGACCGUCGAGAUAUACAAGGAAGGUUCCAAAUCCGUGAAAUUCGAUUUCAACAAGAACGUCCCUGAAAACAUUUGGUACGGAAACAACUAUUGUAACAACACCGAUUUGCCACCGCCUUCCCCGGAUUUCCCUCCGUUUUCUCCAUCCAUCCCACCGCCUUCACCACCUUAUUUUCCUCCUGAACCACCUUCAAUCCCGCCGCCACCACCACCAUCACCGCCGUCUGCUGCCUCUGGACGUGGAAGUGGUCAGAGUUUGGUUGUUGCGUUUGCUGCGUUUGUGUUUGCGUUUGCGGCUGUGGUUGUUUGAGUUAUUUUGUUAAGAAUUAAGAGUUGUCUCAAUAAGUAACGAGUAUCGUGUAAUCCCUCUGUUUUGUCUUUGACUCUUUGUAGUUGAACAUUGACAAUUUCAUAUUGUGGUAACAUUAAUUAGUUAACUAAUGUAUGAGUUCGAGUUUUUAACGUACUAUUCCUUAUAAAUUCUGCAUCAAUGUUUUGUAUGUGAUAAAUCUAUGAAUAUUAGAUUACACAACUAUA